CACGAUCGAAAGAGAUCAACCAGCAUUACCAGAAUAUUCCAUACACCAAACAAAAUAAUUAAACACAUGAUCUAUAUACAUAUAUGUUAUAUUAUUUUUCUCCCCACUACCAUCUGAUCAAAUUCCUUUUUACUCCUUGAUCCGUAACGCGGACCAGCAUUCAUAUCGUUGUACGUGAUUAGAAUAGGCUGGUUAACAAAAUGACUGAAUAUAAAUUAGGUAAAUUGAUCAUCGAAGGUAAGACCAAAAAGGUCUAUGAGAUUUUGAAUGAACCAACAUUAUGUUACAUUCAAAGUAAAGAUCGAAUUACGGCUGGAGAUGGUGUUAAGGCUCAUAAUUUAGAAGGCAAAGGCGUUAUUAGUACAGCUACAACAUCUAAAGUAUUUCAAUUAUUAAAUGAAGCCGGUAUCAAUACAUCCUUUGUCAAGCUUGAUAGUAGUAAUAAGAAUGCUUUUAUAGCACGCAAAUGUGAAAUGGUACCCAUCGAAUGGGUUACAAGAAGAUUAGCCACCGGUAGUUUCUUGAAAAGACAUUCAGGUGUAGAAGAAGGAUACAGAUUUAAUCCACCAUUGCAAGAAACAUUUUACAAGGACGAUGCCAAUCAUGAUCCUCAAUGGUCGGAAGAACAAAUUAUUUCUGCUAAUUUCAAAUUAAAUGGAGUUACCAUUGGCAAAGACGAGGUUGAUAUUAUGCAACGUACUACAUUGACCGUUUUCGAAAUCCUAGAAAGAACUUGGGCAACACGAGAUUGUUCUCUUAUAGAUAUGAAAAUAGAAUUUGGUGUAGAUACGUCUGGUAAUAUUGUUGUUUCCGAUGUUAUUGACAGUGAUUCCUGGAGAUUAUGGCCAUCCGGUGAUAAGCGUUUGAUGAAAGAUAAACAAGUAUAUAGAAAUUUAUCUAAUGUCACUAAAGCUGAUUUGGAUGUAAUUAAAUGCAAUUUCGAAUGGGUAGCAGCUCAACUGGAUCAUCUCAUUUUAUCUCCGAUGUCAUUGGUCGUUAUUUUAAUGGGUUCUCCAUCGGAUGUAGAACAUUGCGAGAAAAUAGCUUCCUAUGCGAAGAAAUUAGGUUUAAUAGUGGAACUUAGAGUGUGCAGUGCACACAAAAGUACUCUUGAAACUCUACGUAUUCUUGCUGAAUAUGAAGGUAGCGGGAAAAAGGCGGUGUUGAUUGCUGUAGCAGGGAGAAGUAAUGGAUUAGGUCCAGUAUUGUCUGGAAAUACUACUUUUCCAGUUAUUAAUUGUCCUCCUUUUAAACCAGAGAAUAUUACACAAGACAUAUGGUCAUCCAUAAAUGUACCUUCAGGACUUGGUUGCACAACAGUCGCUUAUCCAGAAAGUGCUGCACUUGCUGCUGCUCAGAUACACUCGCUUCAUGAUCAUAUGGUUUGGUCAAAGUUACGUGCAAAACAGCUUAAUAAUUUCAUUACUUUAAAAGAAGCCGACAAGAAGAUACAACAUAAAUUUCUAUCAGUAAAAGUUUAAUGGAUUAA